UUGGUGUAAACAGCAUGACAGUGAUUUAGGGAGUUGGUGUCUGUUGAGAUAUUUUGAAACAGAAAUGAAACAGAACUCCGUUUGACGUUAACUCAGUUCUGUUAAUGGAUGAAUAUUUCAAGGCAGCACAGCAUGGCGACCUUGAAUAUUUUAAAACAUUAAAUGCAAAUGAUGAAGGAAAACCAACGUGGACAUUGAACACGCAGUACGACAAGUCGGGUGACACUGUCCUCCACAUCGCAGCAAGAUGUGGCCACUUGACUCUUCUGCAGUAUCUCAUAGACUCUGGUGCCGAUAUAGAAACCUCGAAUCUCGAUGGUAAAAGGCCCCUUCAUGAAGCAGCCCAGGCUGGUCAGACAGGCUGUGUGGAGUGUCUACUGAAGGCAGGGGCGCAGGUGGACAGUUUAAAGAGAGCUGACUGGACUCCCUUGAUGCUUGCCUGCACCAAAGACAAUGAAGAUGUAAUAAGGCUUCUUCUGAAGUUUGGAGCCAGUGUCCACUUAAGAAACAAAGAUGGAUGGACACCAUUUCACAUAGCUUGCAGGUAA